CUUACGUUAAUUGUACAGUGUUAAUCAGCCUUCAGCCAAACAGCAAAAUGGCAUCAAACAAGCUAGUAAGAACAUUCCCUAUUAUUUUAGAUAUUAGCAAAUUAUAUGAGAUUGUACAGAUAUUCAAGCAAUACAGGUUUCCUGAGGCUAAAUGGUUUGAGUUUGGAUUGAAUCUUGGUCUUCUUUAUCCUACACUGGAAGCUAUUGAUGCUAAUCAUAGAGGAAAUACUUCACGUUGUCUCAUGGAGUGUUUAUCCAAGUGGCUGAGUAAAGCUGAUGAAAAUGUGUAUUUUCCUACUUGGCAGACAUUGGCUAGUGCUCUUAGAAAGUUAAAAGCAAAAGCAGUGGCUGAAAAUAUUGAGAAAACAAUGGUUAGCCAGCUACUACAGCAUUACAGCAGUAGAAUAUCUGGAGCAACACUCUCUGAAGAAUCAGUUGAUCUGUUACAUACAGAAGGACUGAUAUCUGAAGAGACAUUGAGGGAAGUGAAGAAUUGUGGAUACACACUAACAGAUGAUGUAAUGAGAGAAAUAUACACAGCAGUAGCUAAUGAUCAUAACAAAUUGAAAUCAUUUGCUAGCAUUUUAAUAAGAGCAAUGGGCACAGCCAAUGACUUAAUGAGAGACUGUGAUGACAUUUUUAAUGGGAUGGAGAGUUAUCAUGGUGAUAAAGACAAUGCAUCAAGUAUCAUUACAGCAAAUUCAGUUGAAAAAUCAAGUGUCAGAAUUACAGAAUUUGAGUUUCAAAUUUCAGAGCAUUAUAGUUUUGAUGAAAUGAGAGGAAAAUUUGGAACUUUCUAUUUCAAAGUCACCCAACUGGUAUCUCACACUAUCAGAGUGAACCAACUUGAAGAUUUCAUAGAAUUUCUUGAUGAUUGCUAUCCUGAGAUAGGCCCUAACCUAACCUCUGCUGCUACAGUGAAAGAUGUCAUGAAAAUUAUUAAAACCAAAUGCAAUGUCAUCAAUAUUGCACCAGUAAAGGAAGUGGUCAGCUUCUACAGCAUAACAGAAGCUAAGCCAUUGAUAUCUGAUUAUAGUACAACACUUGAUGAGUUUUGUCACAAACUUAAGCUUCAAUUCUUGCUUGAUAAGAAGCUUUCAAUAAGCGAUUUUCUCAUUUGUGAAACCAUUGAGCUUGUUCUAGACUGGGAUCCUGCUGAGCACUUAUUGAAUGAUAUUCGUCGUUUAAUGGAGAAAACAUUCCAAGGAUUGAGUAGAAGGAUUAUAGUCAAAAGCAUGCAUAAAGGCAACUCCAUCAUUAUCAUUUGUGGUGCUCCUUCUCAUCUAAUGAAUGCUUUGCAAUUGAGGGCUCGUGCUAAUCUUACUGUGCUGCAAGAAGAAUUUGCUUUGAUGAGAUUGAAAAUAGGACACUGCACUGUCUAUGAUAGGACUAUCAGAAGCAAAGAACUAAAGAUUGUUGCAGAGGAAACUGAAAUAUGUGAAGGAGAAUUGGUGAAGUUGAAUCCAUAUCACAGUGAUAAAGAAAGUGUCCUUGACAAUCAAGCAUUACAAAUUUUAGCUUUAAAACACAAGCAAGAACUCAUCAAUAGCAGCAUGCAGGCAUCAGGUUUCAAAUCUAAAGUCAAGCAAAUUAAAAAAGAAGAAGCUGCAAGUUCAAAAAAGCGAAUGUUAUUAAGAGAAUCUGAACAUUUACAAUCUACUCUAAGGAUCAGAAUAAGUCGAAAGGAAGUAUUACAAGAGAAUGAAAACAUUAGUGUACACCUGCUUGAAAUUCAAAAUUCAAAUUCUUACAAAGUGAAAUCCACACAGACAGUGCUAUCAUCCAAUGGAUCUAUCUGUGAAGCUCAAGAUGAUUAUAGUGACACAAAUAUUUCAUUCAAAAAGGGUGAAUUAUUUAAGAUAAGCACAAAUGGACAUGAGGUACAAUCACUGGAGACUGGACAGAAGAGUGCUGUUCCAAUGAAAUACAUUGGAUACUCAAGAGUAGAAUUACUUUACUUGUUUCAGUUUGCAAUAACAAAGGAAGGAUUAUCUCUUCUACCUGCUCUCCUUGAUGAUGAUAAAAAAGCAGAGUAUUUUGUACAAAAAAUUACUGAUGAUCCUACUCUACUACAACCAUUGAGGGAAUUGAUCACAAAGUAUAAAUUAUUUAUCGCUAGUUAUAAUUUUGAAACACUAUAUCAAUAUGAGUUAACUUUAAAGAAAGGAGAAGUACUUGAAGUUGUUAAAUAUAAUGAAAAUCGGCAAUGGUGGUACAUGCAUUCACUUCAUACAGACAAAGAAGGAUAUGUACCAAUUAAUUAUAUAACACCAAUUGAAGGAGAAUACUCACCAAUGUACAACAAUAUCUACUAUCAUAAAGUGAGUCAUAAUGAAGCAAAGAAGAGACUGAGUCAAGGAGACACUCAAGCAGGUACUUUCCUAAUUAGAGAUAGUGAAAGUAAUCCCGGGCAGUAUACUCUCUCACUUAGCAUUGGAUUUGGUAACAGGCACUAUCGUAUAAACAUUACAUUUAAUAAGUAUCAUAUAUACCCUGAUGUCCAAUUUGACUCACUCAAUGACCUGAUACAUCACUACAUGAUGAAAGCUGAUGGUCUGGCCUACCCACUAAGAGUUCCUUUACCCAAACAAGCAAAAAGAUCCAUUGCAUUCAAUAAAGAACGGGGAAUUAAUAAGUCUUCAAUUAAGUUUUUAAAAUGCAUAAAUGCUGGACAGUUUGGAGAAACAUGGAAGGGUAAUUGGAAAGGUAAAGGGCCAGUUACCAUUAAGACAAAUAUAGCAACAGAUAUUACACAAGAAAAAUUUCUUGAAGAGGCCAACAUAUUGGGAGAAUUCUACCACAAGAACAUCAUCAGUCUAUAUGGUGUUUGUAUUGAAAGCUAUCCUUUUUACAUUGUAACACAGCCAAUGAAUGGAAACCUCAAAUAUUACCUAACUACAAAUAAUCUUACACCAGCAGAGUUGGUAGAUAUUGCUAUUCAAGUUACUGAAGGUAUGAUGUAUCUAGGAGAACAAGAUUACAUUCAUUGUGAUCUAAGAGCAGAGAAUAUACUAUUAGGAGACCAUAACACUGUCAAGAUAGCAAACUUUCGUCUUGCCCAACACCUCAAUGGCAAAAAAUACUGGACUGUUGAGAGAGGUACUCAUCUAGCUAUAAGAUGGACAGCACCUGAAGGACAUACUUUAAACCAGCUAAGUAUUAAAUCUGAUGUUUGGUCAUUUGGUAUAUUACUAUGGGAACUGGUUACCAAAGGGUAUCUACCAUAUCCUAGCAUGACUGAUAAAGAAGUAUGUGAAUUAGUAUCAAAAGGCAAUUGUACAUACAUACCAAGAGGUUGUCCUAAACCAUUUGAUCAACUUAUGAUAAAUUGCUGGAAACACAAGGAUUAUGAGAGGCCAAGCUUUAAAGAUUUCUUUGAUGUACUUGUUAAAUAUGAUACUCAUGAUAGUUAGCCUGGGGUACAUAGCCCACAAGUCAUUCCUAUUUUAUCCAUAUUAAACAAUCACUGCUUAUACAUAAUAUCCUUGUUUUGUAAAUUUAACAAUAAUUAUUUCA